UGUGAAAAAAAAACAUUUCAUGUCCAUUUUUCUCACUUCAAUAUUGAUCCCGAUGUUUUUUGUUUUUGUUUUCUGUUUUCGAAAAGCCGAUAAAAAAACAACUGUUUCUUGGUGAUGUAACGAACAAUUGAUAUGAUGAUGAUGAUUAAUAUUAAGACUUGAAAUUUUAUUGGAAAAUAAUAAUAAUCGGCUUUGUUUUGACAUUAUCAAAAAGAAAAAUGAUGUGUUAGUUUUUCUCACUUUAUGGCUUGAAUCGAAAUCAUCGAUCGAUCGAUCUAUCAAUAAUUUCUUAUUUACUUCCUUUUGUUUUUUUUCAUCACCACUGCAUAAACGACUUUGAAAUUGUUGAAAAAUCCCAAAUAAUAAAAGACAAACAAACAACAAUGACAACAAUGGAAAGAGCUACACCAACAACGUUCGAUCCAAGAGUAUCACAAUCAUCAACAUCGACACAUCAAUUUUCAUCAUCAUCAACAAUUAAUGGUAUUGGUGUCGAUCUAAUCGACGAUGAAAGUGAAGCUAAUCUCCAUUCAUUUCAAGGAAAUGAAGCUGGACAAGAUCUUGAUUAUGAACCAGCAUUAGAGUUUGAUGAUACAGAAUUAGCAAAAGCAACGAUUGAAUUAGCAACAACUACAACACCAAUAUCAACAACAGCAGCAACAUCAAUAACAACUCAAUCAUUUUAUAUGUAUCAUAAUAAUAAUAAUAAUAAUAUUAACGAUACAAUGAAUAAUAUUUGUACAGGUGUGGUGCCUGUUACAUCAUCAAUUGUUUCCGGUACCUGUAUAAAUUAUCAUCAUCAUAUUGUACAUGAUGAUGAUAUUGUUGAUGGAUCUUUAAUAUUAGAUGAUAAUCCAUUGUUCAGUAUCGAUUCAACCACUCAUUUUGAUGAUGAUGAUGAAGAUCAUCCUUAUUGUGAUAAAAUCCGUGAUGAUUCAUACUACGAAAAUAAUGCUGAUAAUAAUAAUAACAAUAAUAAUAAUGAAAAUGAUUCGGAUCAUAGUGAUAAUAAUAAAUCAUCAUCAAAAUCUCAACUUCCCAUUUCGAAUGGCUUCCUUGAAAAAUUGACAACAAAUUCCAAUGAUAAUCAUAAUGACCAACAACAAUCGAAUAUGAACAAUUACAAUGACGAUAAUGAUGAUCAUUCGAUACAAAAUCAAUCGACCAUUCAGGCAACAAGACCAACAAAUCUUCAAUGUUUAAAUAAUCUUAAAAAUCAAUCAUCAUUAUCAACACCGAUCGUUCCGAUUGAUGUUUCAUCCAUCUAUCUUCAUUCACCGGAUGAAUUGUUGGAAGAAAAUUUUGAAGAAGCAUUACGUGAACAAUAUACAUCAUUACCGCCAUUAGAUCCGGCAUUUGAUCUUGCCCUUUCCGGCGGCGAUUGUGAUGAAAAUUUUGAUGACAUAACUAAACAUGGAAUUGUUGGCGUUGCUGGUGAUGAUAAAUUUGCUAGAAAAAUUAUAACCAUUUAUGCUUGUCGUUUACCAUCAAAUAAGACAUUUAAUUAUGCAAAAUUUCUUAGAUAUCUUUUACGUACAUUGGAUCGAUAUGUUGAAAAUGAUUAUGCACUUGUCUAUUUUCAUCAAGGAUUAACAAGCGAUAAUAAACCAUCAUUUGGUUGGCUAUGGCAAGCAUAUCGAGCUUUUGAUCGUAAAUAUAAAAAGAAUCUAAAAGAAUUAUUUAUCGUUCAUCCAACAUCAUUCAUUCGCAUUGUAUUACAAUUGUUUCGCCCAUUUUUAUCGGCUAAAUUUGGCCGAAAACUCCAUUACAUAAAUCAUCUCGAUGAAUUACGUGCUCAUCUACAUCUAGAACGGAUACAUAUCCCUCAAUCAGUUUUCGAUCAUGAUAAAAAACAGCUUAAAUCUCGUGUGUUUGGACGAUUUAAAAGUAGUGCCAGUAACAAUUCAUUGAACCGUUCUUGUGUAUCAUAUCCGAACACUCAACAAUUUCGUGUAGCACUUGAUGUUCUAAUUGAGCAGAAUGGGGGUGAUCCGAUACCGCGAACAAUUAGAACAUGUGUCAAAUUUUUGGAACAAGAUUCAUCAUUGGAUGUGGAAGGUGUAUUUCGACGUUCGGCCAAAGUUAAUAUCGUAAAAAAUGUUCAACAAUCAUUCAAUUUGGGUGAAAAUGUCAAUUUCGAAAGUUUGAUUGCUAACACCGAGAUGUCGCUCGAAUCAACUGUUCAUGUUGCUGCCGUUAUUGUGAAAUCAUUUUUGCGCGAAUUACCAGAACCACUUUUAACGUUUCAAUUGUAUGAAGAUAUAAUUAAUUUUCAACAGAUAUCUGGUGGACCUUCACCCGAACAACGUCAAGAAAAAUUAUCCUUUGCAAAGAAUCUAGUCCUUAAUCGUCUACCAGAACCAAAUUAUCAACUACUCAAAUAUAUCAUUGAAUUUUUAGUCAAAGUAAUGGACCAUUCAGAAUUCAACAAAAUGACUGCAUCGAAUUUGGCCAUUGUUUUCGGACCAAAUUUAUUAUGGUCAAACAAAACAAAUCAAACAUUGGAUUCAUCAUUGGAUUCUAUUACAGCAAUCAAUAGUUUUACGGAAUUUCUAUUGCGCAAUAAAGAGCAAAUCUUUAUCAGAUAAUUCUUACUAAUAUUUAUCAUAUUGAAUAUCAUCAACAUCAUAUUUGUUAUUACAGAAGGUCUACAACAGACAACAUUUAUCAAUAACGAAAAUUCUUGAUCUUAAU